AUGUAUCUGAUGUCAAUUACCCUCGUUCUCGGAAUUUUUCGCGUGACUUAUAUACGCUCGGAAAUUGAAUUAUUAGCGAACAGACCAACGAGAAUAGUCGGCGGUAAAGACGCGGAGAAAGGUACUCAUCCGUGGCUAGUUUCAAUUCACUGGGCUAAUCCGAAACGCGGGUUACUUCCUCGUCAUAUUUGCGGUGGUAGUUUGCUCAAACCUCAAUGGAUUCUCACCGCUGGACACUGCAAAACUCUCUCACCAAUUAAAUCACCGGGACACUACAUUGUUCUUGCUGGCAAAUAUAAACUCGGCACGCGCGAAGACACCGAGCAGAGCCGAAUGGUCACGAGGACUUUCGUUUAUCCAGAAUAUUCGGGGGAAGUCGCGCCUUACGAUAUAGCGUUGAUGAAACUCGAAGAACCUUUCGACUUGAAUCCUUUCGUGGCCACGAUUGCGCUGCCUUAUCCGGAAGGUAUUCCCGAAGGAUCAGCCACGCUAACGGGAUGGGGAAGCAUCGGAAGAACUCGAGCACCCCACAAUCCCGAAAUUUUACAAUCCGCGAUUCUUCCAAUUCUGGAUUACAAUAUUUGCCAUCGAGCACUCGACAAAGUGCUUCGUCACGAGGGCCGAAAUCCUCUUCAUCCGACGAACCUCUGCACGGGACCUUUGAACGGUACACUGUCAGCCUGCAAAGGCGAUUCUGGUGGACCUUUAGUGAUGAUGAACAGUUUCGAUCAAUCUGAGAUAAUCGGUAUCGUGUCCUGGGGACUUUUUCCAUGUGGAGGAAGAAACGCCCCGUCGGUUUACACUCGUGUAUCAGCCUUCGUACCGUGGAUUCUCAAAAUAAUGUUGAACUACUGACUUACCCGUUCAAAUUUCUCGAACUGGAGGGAGUGAAACG